AUGAAAUGGGUAGAAUGGAUGGGGUUAAUGGAAUACCCCCACCCGUUCCGGUUCUGCCAACGAGCUUUGGAAACGGACAUCGCCGCAGGACUUGCAGCACACCUGGAUUUGGUUGACGAUGAGAAGCUAUACGAAAUGAGAAGGGGUAUUGAGUCGACAGUACCCAACAUCAAGACGACUGACAGAUUGGAGAUAUUCCCCUGGAUGAUCCCAGGCUCAAAGUUGCCUACCCCAUCAGGCCCCAUGGUUCCCCCUACCCCCUCAUGGGGUGGCCAUGGCACUGGCAGGCAUUACCCACAUCCAAUCCAUACUACGGCUUGGAGAACUACAAACCAGGGGGGCGACUAUGGGGAAUGUUAUCCAGCAUCCCAAAUUCGUUAUCCAACCCCCUAG